AUGGUCGAACCGAUGUUGUCUACUACUGCUACAAUGAUUAACGGUAAGAAGAAAAAUAAGAAUAAUACUCCAGAAACUUUUUUUAACAAAGAUUAUAACAAUAAUGAUGAAAAUGCAACUGUCACCGACUCAUCUUCUUCCUCUUCAGAUGAGGAUGACAGUGAUGAGGGCCCAUUAGUUAUGCAUUCUAGCGACAGCUCUUCUAUCGCUGGCAUUGGACCAGUCAGUACCAGCAGUCCCUUGGGAUCUGGUCCAACUGAUAAUACCGGCAGCACCAACCUUCAGCCAACUCAUAGAAAGGGACUUCCCCGUCACCAUAGAAGAAGAUUGUCUUCCAUGAAUGAAUUUCUAGACCCUUUCUCGAACGCUGAAAUCUAUUAUGGUCCAGUGGUAAACCCUAAGAAAGCACCUAAUAGCAAUGACACUGCUACCGCCAGUAUUAACAGCACAAAAAAUUUGAAUAGGACAAGAACAAUGAGUGUCCUAGAUCGUGUUUCAGAUUUCAAAAGAGGUUUAAACCCUUCUGCUUCAAAUAGGAAUAUGGCUGAAAAAAAUCACAUCUUGCAUAGAAGAAGCUCAGAAGAUGAUAUUUUUGUAAGUAGUCAAGGCAAUCGUCGUUUCUUCAUUGAAAACGUGGAUAAAACUUUGGCAGAUUUACUAGCAAGUGAAGAUACAGAUAGUAACUAUCAAAUCACAAUAGAAGACACAGGUCCAAAAGUAAUUAAAAUAGGUACCGCAAACUCUUUUGGUUAUCAAAAGAUCAAUGUAAGAGGAACAUACAUGCUUUCAAACUUAUUACAAGAAUUAACAAUUGCAAAAAGCUUUGGAAGGCACCAGAUAUAUUUAGAUGAGGCUCGUAUCAACGAAAACCCGGUAAACAGAUUGUCAAGAUUGAUUUCAAAUCAGUUUUGGAGCAAUUUAACAAGAAAAGUUACUUUGACGACAAUUGGAGCUAUUGCAAAAGAUACUAAAAUAAAAACACCUGGUGCCAAAAACCCAAGAAUAUUUAUACCUUACAAUUGUGAAGACCAGUAUGAAUUCUUCAUCCAAGCUUCUCAAAUGGAUCCUUCUCUGAAGUUGGAAGUUGAAUAUUUACCAAGAGAAAUUACUCCAGAAUACGUCAAAUCAUUAAAUGAAACACCGGGCUUAUUGGCAACUGCAAUGCAAACAUUAUUGGAUCCUUCAACUGGUGAAAAAACUCUAACUGGAUAUCCUUAUGCAGUUCCAGGUGGUAGAUUUAAUGAGCUAUACGGUUGGGAUUCAUAUUUAAUGGCAUUGGGAUUGCUUGAAACUAGCAAAGUCGAUGUUGCUAAAGGAAUGGUAGAACACUUUAUAUUCGAAAUUGACCACUACGGAAAAAUUCUUAAUGCAAAUAGAAGCUAUUAUCUUUGUAGGUCACAACCACCAUUCCUCACAGAUAUGGCCUUGAUAGUAUUCAAGAAAAUUGGUGGCGAUUCUAAUGUACGUGCAAUCCAAUUCUUAAAAAGAGCAUUUAAGGCUGCAAUAAAAGAAUAUAAAAAUGUCUGGACUUCCAACCCUAGACUUGAUCCGGAGACUGGGUUAUCAUGUUAUCAUCCAGACGGUAAAGGUAUCCCUCCAGAGACUGAACCUUCUCAUUUUGAUACAAUUUUAACCCCUUUUGCUAAAAAAUACAAUGUAACAUUGGAAGAAUUUAGAAAACUGUACAAUGAUGAGAAAGUUAGCGAACCAGAACUCGAUGAAUUCUUCUUGCAUGAUAGAGGCGUAAGAGAAUCAGGUCAUGACACUACAUACCGUUUUGAGGGUGUUUGUGCCUAUCUAGCAACGAUAGACUUAAAUUCUUUGCUGUACAAAUAUGAAAAGGAUAUUGCAUAUGUUAUUAAAAACUAUUUUGAUGAUUCAUUCAAAGAUGAGAAUGAUGGGACUACAACAACCUCAGAACAUUGGUUACAAUUAGCAGAGAUACGUAGAAAUAGAAUAACAAAAUAUUUGUGGGAUGAAGAGAAAGGAUUCUUUUUUGAUUAUAAUGUCAAAUUAAAGUGCCGAACUUCUUAUGAAUCAGCAACCACAUUUUGGGCACUUUGGGCCGGUCUUGCAACCGCUGAACAGGCUCAGGUAAUGGUUGAAAAAUCGUUGCCUAAAUUGGAAGUUUUGGGUGGUCUUGUUGCAUGUUCUGAAGGAUCCCGUGGUCCAUUAUCAGUAAAUAGACCUUCUAGACAAUGGGACUAUCCUUAUGGAUGGGCUCCUCACCAAAUAUUUGCAUGGCAAGGUCUCUCUGAUUAUGGAUAUGAGGGGAUUGCUAGACGUAUAGCCUAUAGAUGGCUAUAUAUGAUGACUAAAGCAUUUGUUGAUUACAAUGGUAUUGUAGUAGAAAAAUAUGAUGUGACCAGAGGUACUGAUCCACAUAGGGUUGACGCUGAAUAUGGUAACCAGGGUGCUGAUUUUAAGGGUGUAGCCACCGAAGGAUUUGGAUGGGUUAACUCUAGUUAUAUUUUAGGCUUGAAGUACAUGAAUAGUCAUGCCAGAAGGGCCCUUGGGGCUUGCAUUCCUCCAAUGCCGUUUUUCAAUCGCCUAAAAGAAGAAGAGAAAAAGAUAUAUAGCUUAUAA